UUUCUUGAAUUGAAGCUUGUGGUAAAUCUCUUUUCAUCAUAAAAUUAGAGAUAUUUAUUGUUCUGUUAAGAUAACAUUGUGCUAAAUUUAUAAUAAAUAUGUCAAUCGGUGUACCUAUUAAAGUACUUCACGAAGCUGAAGGCCAUGUAGUGACCUGUGAAACUAACACCGGCGAAGUCUACCGCGGAAAAUUGAUAGAAGCCGAAGAUAACAUGAAUUGCCAAAUGACGAUGGUGACUGUUACCUACCGUGAUGGUCGUGUCGCUCAACUUGAGAAUGUUUACAUCCGAGGCUCUAAAAUACGAUUUCUGAUAUUACCAGAUAUGUUGAAAAACGCUCCGAUGUUCAAACGACAAGGGAAUAAACCGACCGCAGGACGCGGUAAAAGUGCUAUAUUACGCGCUCAAGCAGCAGGCCGAGGCAGAGCUGGCGGAAGAGGUGGAGGUCACCGUGGUGGCUGGCAAGGAGGCUCAGGACCCUCGAGACGUUAACAUUAAAUAUCCAAUAUUUAGCUUUAACUAGUCUAGUUGCCUAUUAAUAAGUUUAAAUGUAUAACCAUUUUAGUGGUUGCCCAUCCAGACUUGUUCAAUAAGGAAUUCACUCAAUACAAAGUACAUCAUUUCAUUUGAGAACAUGGAAAAUAAGUAAUAAAAUAAUAUUUUAGUUCUAUGAAGAGAAAUGCACUUUGGUAACCAUUAAUAUUUAAUAUCUGUAUAUUGAAAUUUGUGUAAAAAGUACAGUGUUAAUAGGUAGUUGGUAUGUGAUAAAAUUGUAACUGGUGUGAAUGGAGUUUAAUAAAGAUAUUAUAUGUAUCAUAAUGUUAAUUUUUCUUUAACUGACAUCAUCGUUAUCAUC